AUGUCAGGAGAUUGGGCAAAUAAAUUUGGAUAUUAUGAAAUGUGUUUGAGAGAAGAGUAUCAUUAUUCAUCAGUUAUGAUUAAAUCAGAUCCUAUGACAUUCUUUUAUGGGUUUUGUCAUACAAAUAUCUGUGAGGCAAAUGAUUUUAAUUAACCUGAUGCAUAAGAAAUUAUAAAGGAUAAAUUAGGAAACAGUAUAAUCUCAAAAAUAUUACCUGUAAUCAAUUGAAAUUUAUUAUCUAGAUUAAUUUUGGUUCUGCUAGUUAUAUCUUUGUUGAUCCAGUAACACAUUAUCCAGAUUUUAGAAUUGGUGCUUAUUCAACUAUUAUUAUCAUUUUUAUUCUUUUUUGUUUAGGAUUCAUGGAUCCUUAUAAAAGAUUACUAGAUUUAUUAACUAAUUCUUAAACAAAAAAACCAAAAGGAAUUAUUGCUGAUUUUUCUUUAAUUGAAAAUUAUAAUAAAUUGAUUGAUCUUAAAACAAUAGAUCCAAAUUUGGCUAUUUUUAAUGGAGUUAGAUCUAUUGCAUUUAUGAUGGUUGUUUAUGGACAUUCAGCAUUAUUAAUAAUUUAAUCUACAUAUCAAAUGGAAUUAUUAUAAGCUUUAUAAUCUUAAAGAGCCAUAAUUACAGUAGAUAUGUUAUAUUCAGUAGAUGUAUUUUUUUGGCUUGGUGGAUUUUUUAUGGCAUUUGUUAUGUGCGAAACAAAAAGAGCUAAGGCAUUGGCAAAGAAUCCAAUAUCAAUAUUCUUAGUUAUAUUGCAUAGAUUAUUAAGAAUAUGGCCUUGCUAUAUCUUAUGUAUUAUGUUUAAUUCAUACUUAUUACCUUACUUAGGAGAAGGACCAAGAUGGUGGUCAGCAAUGAAUUAUACAACUUGUAGUGAAGGAGCUUGGAGAAAUCUUCUCUUUAUUGAUAAUUUUUUUCAUGAUUGGUAAAUUUGUUUUGGGUGGGGUUGGUAUCUAACUUCAGAUAUUUAAUUAUUUAUUAUUUGUUUAAUACCAAUGACUCUUUAUGCUCUCGGUUAUAAAAGAGUAACAAAAUAUUUGAUUAUUGGUAUGAUAAUCUCUUCUGUAAUUUAUGGAAUAGUUUUAUGCUUCAUUUAUGAUUUUUUAAUCCCUGCAAAAGUAACAGGAAAUAAAGAUUUCUAUUAUACAUAUUAUGUAAAUAGUUUAGCUAGAUCUCCUCCUUAUUUUUUUGGAUUAUUUAUGGGUAUGCUUUAUAGAGAAUUUAAAUAAAAAGAGUAAAACAGUUUUUUGGGAUUAUUGCAUGAAAAAGCAAAAGAUCCAAAGUUUAAAUUGCUAUUUUAAAUUAUAUGUUAUCUAUUAGGAUUUGGAAUAAUUUCUUGGUUAGUUUUUGGAUGGAAGUAAGCCUAUAUAGCAUCAGAUCCUACUUAUUGGCCAUACUGGUUUCAACAUCUAUAUUGUGCACUUUGUAGAUUAACUUUUGUUUUUGGAGUUGCAUGUUUAUGUUUACCCAAUAUGAUAGGAAUUUAUGAUAUGUAAUUAUUAAUUUAUAUCUUUAGAUUCAACAGAAAAGCUAUGAAUAAUUCUUUUUUUAAGUUUGCUGCAAAAAUAUCAUUUGCUUGUUAUUUAAUUCAUUAUAUGGUAUUAUUAAUAUUGAAUUACACAUUUUAUAUCACUCCUACUUACCUUACAUUAGAUGUUAUUUAAUUAUUUGUUGGUUGUAUAGUUAUAACAAUGAUUGCAGGAAUAUUUCUAACAUUGCUAGUUGAAAUGCCAUUUGGAACUCUACAAGUUAAGAUUAUAGAUUCAAUUACAAAACCAAAAAAGAAAUAAUAAACUUUAUUGGAGCAAUGA